AUGAGUCACACAGAUAACGAUUUGUCGCAUAUACUGACGAACAUCGAAGAUAAACAAAAAAUAUCCAACGUUUCUGUCGAAUCCAAACUGAGUUCGAAAGUAACAUUCAGUGCUGGAUCUGUCGCAUUCGAAUACAGAUCAAAUGAAACAGAUCGACUAACGGAGGAAAAAGAAUACCAUCAAGUGGCAAUCAACGACAACAGCAAUAGCAAUGGCGACGAUCGCGAAGGAUGGGACAAUAAAAUGCAAUUUCUCAUGGGUGUUAUAUCCUAUGCUGUUGGUCUCGGCAAUGUAUGGCGAUUUCCCUACCUAUGCCAGAAAAAUGGAGGAGGUGCAUUUUUGAUACCUUACUGUAUGAUGAUGUUUGUGGAAGGCACACCAUUGUUUCUUGUUGAACUUGGCAUUGGACAAAAACUGCGAUUAGGAUCUUUUGGUGUCUGGAACGAAAUUCAUCCAUAUUUUGGAGGUGUUGGAGUGUCGGCAGCCAUUGUUUCGUUUCUUGUCGCUCUUUAUUAUAACGUUAUCAUUACGUGGUGCAUAUAUUAUUUGUACAGAUCAUUCGAUAUCAAUUUACCGUGGAGCAGUUGUCCGGAAAUAAAUGGUUCUGUGGUGGAGGAAUGCCAAAUGUCCAGUUCCACAACGAGUUAUUUCUGGAGCCGUAAAGCAAUCGAUACAAGCGAGUCAAUAUGCGAUUUUGAUGGCUUUGUGCCUCAUAUGACAAUUUCACUGAUUCUUGCCUGGGUGUUAAUCUACCUCUGCGUUAUGCGUGGCAUCAAAAGUAGUGGAAAGGUUAUGUAUCUUACGGCUACUUUUCCAUAUGCUGUUACCACCAUAUUCUUGAUUAGAUCACUGAUGCUGGAUGGUGCAGCUGAGGGUUUGAAGUACAUGAUGAAUCCUGAUCUGAAGCGUUUAUGGGAUCCAAAUGUUUGGAUGGAAGCUGCGACACAAGUAUUUUAUAGCAUGGGAUUAGGUUUUGGUGGACUCAUAGCAUUUGGAUCUUAUAAUCCAGAAAAGAACAACUGUAAAAAAGAUGUUCUUUGGCUUUCUCUUUGCAAUCUCAUCACCUCACUUUAUAUGGCUAUUGUUAUAUUUUGUGUUCUUGGCUACAUGGGUGUACAAAAUUACAACAGUUGUAUAAAACGAGAUAUGGCCAAUAUUCUUGUCAUAUAUCCGAAUAAAUUCCGCAACUUUGAUGAAAUCCAGGGCAAUAUAUCGGUAGAAGAAUAUACAAUGUGGAUGUACCGCGAUUUCCAAAAUACCGAAUAUUCCCUUCUGGCCAAUGUAACAAGUCACUGUAAUUAUAAAGAAAUCAUUUCACAGGCAGCUGAAGGGACGGGUUUAGCGUUUGUUAUAUUCACAGAAGCAAUAAACCAAUUUCCGUUUCCACCUUUUUGGGCAGUAAUGUUUUUCCUGAUGCUUUUAAUGCUUGGCAUGGGUUCAAUGUUCGGCACCUUGGAAGGUGUGAUAACAUCACUAAAUGAUAGCAAACUUAUUAAUUUGAAAAAACCCGUUCUUACGGCUAUUUUAUGUUCUAUUGCUUGUGGUAUUGGUCUUGUUUUCACAACACACUCCGGUCAGUACUGGGUUAUGCUGUUUGAUCAUUUUGCCGGCACUUAUGCCCUUAUGGGUGUAGCUUUUUUCGAAGUUUUGGCUGUGAUAUACGUUUACGGAUGGCAAAAUUUUGUUCGAGAUUUAGUGGAUAUGACUGGUGAAGAAAUUUCAUGUUAUUGGACAAUAACAUGGCGCUUCAUAUCACCAGUCCUCAUGCUUGUUCUGUUCUUCGCUUCCAUUAUCAAAUCUUUCAUUGAUUUACCAAAAUAUUCUGUUUACAAUUCUCAGACAACACACCAAAAUGCGCAAACAUAUCCUGAAUGGGUUUUGAUUAUUGGCGGUUCAAUGGUAUUAUUUGCUAUUGCUCCAGUGCCGUUGAUUUGGUUUAUUCGAAAAUUCAAAAUUAUGAAUUUAGGGAUGGAUAUACCUACGCCUCAAAAAUGUCUAAAUGCAACACCGAAUACGAAAUGUAUUCUCAGGUCUGUAUCAGCGGUCACUUAA